AUGGAGAGCUCCAUGGUUCUGAUCAAGCAAGGAGCUGAAGCUAGAGUCUUCGAGUCAAAAUUUGUCGAUAGGAGGUCUAUUGUCAAGGAACGCUUUUCGAAGAAGUAUAGGCAUCCAUCUUUGGACUCAAAGCUCACACUUAAACGCUUAAAUGCGGAGGCAAGGUGCACGACGAAAGCUAGGCGACUUGGGGUUCCCACUCCAGUGCUUUAUGCUGUUGAUCCUUUGUUGUAUACCUUAACCUUCGAAUAUGUUGAGGGUCUCUCAGUGAAAGAUGUAUUCCUUGACUUUGGAUUACAUGGUACCGUUGAAGAACACAUGAAUGAUAUUGCUACUCAAAUUGGUGAUGCAAUUGGCAAACUGCAUGAUGGUGGCCUCAUCCAUGGUGAUUUGACGACAUCAAACAUGUUAAUUCGGAGUGGUACCAAUCAGCUGGUACUCAUUGAUUUUGGUCUAAGCUUUACAUCAACCCUUCCAGAAGACAAAGCAGUUGAUUUAUAUGUACUUGAACGAGCUUUGCUCUCUAUGCAUUCUUCAUGUGGAAAUGUGAUGGAUAGAAUACUUGCUGCAUACAGGAAGUCCUCAAAGCAGUGGUCAUCAACUUUAAAUAAGCUAGCCCAAGCUAGCCCAAGUGAGACAAAGGGGAAGAAAGCGCACAAUGGUGGGUUGAGCUCUGUUAAUUAUGUGCUCCACACACUGGUUCGAACAGGAGACGGGAAAUGGGUGGAGAAGAUGCGGAAGCUUUUCGUACCCUUGCUGUUCUAG